AUGGAUUGCACGCCAGGCUGGCCUAAAGUUUGGGACCAACUGCCAUACAAAAAGAAAGUCACAGAUUGGCACGAUGAAGUGAAACAACUGAUGUGCUUUGAUAGACAAGUACAGAAAUUAGUUUCUAGCCUCAGUUCUCGUCUUUACCAAAAUUUGCGCCUCGCAUCCAAUGUACACCUCACAUCACCAGUCUACAAUGAAGUGGAUGCUCUUGUCUUAUCUACUAACUAUGCUCCCUAUUAUGUUCUCAACGCAUUAAGAAAGAUUGUUGAAAAUGGAUCACAAUUUGAAAACAUGACAGAGAAGUACUAUGCCUUAAAAGUAAUGAGCCAUGUUCGUCAAGGAAUAUGCAUUCGUGAAUGGGAAGAGUUUAUGGCAAGACAACCAUCUCAGCAGUCUUUGGAGAUGGGCGCAUUGCUGGUUGCAAAAUGGUUCCAGCCACACACAGAUAUUAACAUUAAGCAGAUGAUAAGUGAGAUUGAUGGUAUGGCAGAGAAAUGUCUUAACAAGUUACGUGUUAUUCAUCCAGACCAUCCAGCACUCUCAGCUGCACUUGUUCCUGCUCAUCUUGUCUUACAAGACACAAAAUGGUCUGCUGAUAGAUGCAGGCAACUCUUCAAGUGCAUUAAUCAUGUGUUAUUUACUCAGAUGAAAAUAUCAGGAAACAAUGAAGACUAUUACAACCUCAAAAACUUUCUCAUAAAUGAAGUACUUACAUCAAAAAAAGGAGUUCCCAUUACUCUGUGUAUAGUAUAUAUGGCUGUGUGUCACAGACUGGGCCUGCUUUUGGAGCCUGUUAACCAUCCAAAUCAUUUUGUCAUCAGGUGGAAAAUACCUGGAACAGAUGAGUAUGACUACAUAGAUGCAUUCAAUAAGGGUCGACGACUUACUGUUAAGGAAUUACAGUUAGAAAUGCCAGCCAGUGCUGGGCUGGAUCAGUUGCCUGUGACAUCAUGUGAGGCAAUACAGGUUUUCUACCGGAUGAUCAGAAACAUUAUGAAUGUUGCUCAAAUGCAAGGCCAAAUUUUUGAGCAUAUGGAAUUGUUCUGCCCUGCUACAGAACUCUUGAGUCUGCUGAUCCCAGAUGAUCGUAGUGUCCAGGAAUUACUACUAAGAAUAUACUACUCAUUAGAGGUUCACUAUGAUCGCAUUGUGGCUGGGUGUCGUCGUCUGUUGCUACAAGGCCCUUCUACAAUACAUGAAAUGCUAUCUGACUGUGAAGAGAUACUGAAGAAUCAGAGUGAAGCACCUAAACCCAUCAUUCCUAAUUUGAGAAAUGAAGAAAUUGCUUAUGCCACAGGACUGGUGAUGCAGCAUAAGCGAUAUGACUACUUGUGUGUCAUUUUUGGAUGGGAUAUGGAGUGCAAAAUGCCACCACAAUGGGUGCUUCGAAUGGGUGUACAUCAUCUUCAUUACAAGACCAAGCAGCCCUUUUAUAAUGUUCUUGUCUAUGAUGGUUCACACAGGUAUGCAGCUCAAGAGAAUUUAGAGGUGGCAUCACAUCCAAAACCUGUCAGUCAUGCAGACAUUGGCAAAUACUUUAAGGAGUUCACAGGCACGCACUAUAUACCUAAUUCAGAACUACAGCAACAGUACCCAGAAGAUGAGCCUGUUAGAAAUGAAAUCUUAAGAGUGAGGGGACUUUUGUAACAUCCAUGCUAUAUAAGAAAAUCACAGGGUAUAACAUGCAAAUACAGUGGACCCCCGGUUAACGAUAUUUUUUCAUUCCAGAAGUAUGUUCAGGUGCCAGUACUGACCGAAUUUGUUCCCAUAAGGAAUAUUGUGAAGUAGGUUAGUCCAUUUCAGACCCCCAAACAUACACGUACAAACGCACUUACAUAAAUACACUUACAUAAUUGGUCGCACUGGGAGGUUAUCGUUAAGCGGGGGUCCACUGUACUUAUUAUGCAGUCUUUUAUAGGCAGAAUUGGCCAUACAAGCCAACAAACUGCCUUAAAGAUAGAUGUUUUCAAGAUUUUUUCAUUAUAAAUUGAAAUAUAUAUUUUUAUGAACUAACAUUGUGUGCAUUUUUUUAUUUUACAUCAAAAAUAAAUUAACCCUUUCACUGUUGAGACCUCUGAUCCUGAAGUCCCUGUCGAAAAAUAUUUGAAGAAAAAAAAUAAUUAUUUUUUUUCUUGCCAAAAUCUUCAGAAUAUUUUAGUGAGCGUUUCAAAAGAAAAAAAAAUUGCAAUCACUACUUACCAAGAUAUAAAGGCGUGAAGUUGACAGUGAACUGCUUAUGGCAACAUCGGCGACUGCCGCUCAUUCAUUAAUAUUAUUUUUACUUUUAUUUUUUAAUAUUUUAUUUUUUUCAAGUAACUUUUGUGACCUGUGAGACCAAUAUAAUGUGUAAUGCAUAUAUAUCUACUUGUAUGCAACAUAAUAACCGCACAAACGUUAUCAUUAUAGUGUUUACAGAACUUGUUGACACAAACCAACAAUAAAAAAAGUUAUUACUAUUGUUCUAUAGUACAGUGGACCCCCGGUUAAUGAUAUUUUUUCUCUCCAGAAGUAUGUUCAGGUGCCAGUACUGACUGAAUUUGUUCCCAUAAGGAAUAUUGUGAAGUAGAUUAGUCCAUUUCAGACCUCCAAACAUACACGUACAAACGCACUUACAUAAAUACACUUACAUAAUUGGUCGCAUUCGGAGGUGAUCGUUAUGCGGGGGUCCACUGUAUAUACAUACACAUAUAGAGUCACUGGACACAUUCCUAUAGCUGCUACAGCUUGUGGACGGUUGUUUGUGUACUCACCCAUUUGUACUCGCCUAUUUGUUGUUGCAGGGAUUGAGUUAUAGCUCCUGGCCCUGCCUCUUCACUGAUUGCUACUGGGUCCUCUCCCUUCCUCUGCUCCAUGAGCUUUAUCAAACCUUGUUUUAAAACUAUGUAUGGUUCCUGCCUCCACUACAUCACUUUUUAGGCUAUUCCACUUCCUGACAACUCUGUGACUAAAGAAAUACUUCCUGAUGUCCCUUUGACUCAUAGGAGUCUUCAACUUCCAAUUGUGACUCCUUGUUUCUGUGUCCCAUCUCUGGAACAUCCUGUCUUUGUCCAUCUUGUCAACUCUUCACAGUAUUUUAUAUGUUGUUAUGUUUCCGUUGACCCUCCUGUCCUGUGGAUGGUUGAAGGCAGCCUUUGUUGUUGUUGUGUUGAGAGCAGCAUGGCUGGUGUCAAAUGACACAUUACAAAACCACCACCACCACCACCACCCAUUACCCAUACCGUCUUCCCCAACAAGCAUACUGUCUUUCUCACCACCCAUAUGGAAAUAAAUCAGUUUGACUUUCUUGGGUUAUCUUAGGUUGAUGGUCGUUUAGGUUUUCAGCACUAUUUCUGGUAUCCUGGGCAUUGCUUUUGGGCACAAACUCCUCAAAACCAUAAAAUUCAUCUUCACUGACACUUCCAUCUGUAUUAGAACUAUCACUUAGGAAGAGAACAGUCCCAGUUUGCCAGGGAGUGAGGUAUAUAUUACCGCAAAGCAUGGUAAACAAGGCCUACUGAAAUGGGACUCCAACAAUGCACCACUGGCUCCCUGAUUUUCUUAUAAUGCGCACACUGACCACACAGACCCAUUCUCUCAAAUGGAGCUGUACCAGCUUACUCCCUCUAGUUUUGAAGUCGCUAGAAUUUUGGCUUAUUAAUACAUCGCCAUGAGAAAUUUCAAUUACUCUGAUAUGGAAAACACGAAGAAAUUAAAACUUCAUCGGAGUAUAAAACAAAUUCCAACCACACAAUAGAGCGAAAAACUAAUGUCAAUGACCUAGGAGUGAUCAUGUCAGAGGAUCUCACUUUCAGGGACCAUAACAUUGUAUCAAUCGCAUCUGCUAGAUAAAUGACAGGAUGGAUAAUAAAAACCUUCAAAACCAGAGAUGCCAAGCCCAUGAUGACACUCUUCAGGUCACUUGUUCUAUCUAGACUGGAAUAUUGCUGCACACUAACAGCACCUUUCAAGGCAAGUGAAGUUGCUGACCUAGAAAAUGUACAAAGAACCUUCAUGGCAUGCAUAACUGCGAUAAAACACCUCAGUUACUAGGAACGCUUGAAGUUCCUCAACCUGUACUCCCUGGAAUGCAGGUGGGAGAGAUACAUAAUUAUAUACACUUGGAAAAUCCUAGAGGGAUUAGUACCAAACUUGCACAUGAAAAUCACUCCCUACGAAAGCAAAAGACUCGGCAGACGAUGUAACAUCCCCGCGAUGAGAAGUAGGGGUGCCAGUAGCACGAUAAGAAACAACACAAUAAAUGUGAGGGGCCCAAGACUGUUCAACUGCCUCGCAGCAUACAUAAAGGGGAUUACAAAUAGACCCCUGGCUGUCUUCAAGCAGGCACUGGACAGGCACUUAAAGUCAGUACCUGACCAGCCGGGCUGUGGUUCGUACAUUGGAUUGCAUGCAGUCAGCAGUAACAGCCUGGUUGAUCAGGCCCUGAUCCACCAUGAGGCCUGAUCACAGACUGGGCCCCAGGGGCAUUGACCCCUGGAACUCUUUCUAGGUAUUCUCCAGGUAUACAUAAUAUUUUAUUUAUUAUCACACUGGCCGAUUCCCACCAAGUCAGGGUGGCCCGAAAAAGAAAAACUUUCACCAUCAUUCACUCCAUCACUGUCUUGCCAGAAGGGUGCUUUACACUACAGUUUUUAAACUGCAACAUUAACACCCCUCCUUCAGAGUGCAGGCACUGUACUUCCCAUCUUCAGGACUCAAGUCCGGCCUGCCGGUUUCCCUGAACCCCUUCAUAAAUGUUACUUUGCUCACACUCCAGCAGCACGUCAAGUAUUAAAAACCAUUUGUCUCCAUUCACUCCUAUCAAACACGCUCACGCAUGCCUGCUGGAAGUCCAAGCCCCUCGCACACAAAACCUCCUUUACCCCCUCCCUCCAACCUUUCCUAGGCCGACCCCUACCUUGCCUUCCUUCCACUACAGACUGAUACACUCUUGAAGUCACUCUGUUUCGCUCCAUUCUCUCUACAUGUCCGAACCACCUCAACAACCUUUCCUCAGCCCUCUGAACAACAGUUUUGGUAAUCCCGCACCUCCUCCUAACUUCCAAACUACGAAUUCUCUGCAUUAUAUUCACACCACACAUUGCCCUCAGACAUGACAUCUCCACUGCCUCCAGCCUUCUCCUCACUGCAACAUUCAUCACCCAUGCUUCACACCCAUAUAAAAGCGUUGGUAAAACUAUACUCUCAUACAUUCCCCUCUUGGCCUCCAAGGACGAAGUUCUUUGUCUCCACAGACUCCUAAGUGCACCACUCACCCUUUUCCCCUCAUCAAUUCUAUGAUUCACCUCAUCUUUCAUAGACACAUCCGCUGACACGUGCACUCCCAAAUAUCUGAAUACAUUCACCUCCUCCAUACUCUCUCCCUCCAAUCUGAUAUCCAAUCUUUCAUCACCUAAUCUUUUUGUUAUCCUCAUAACCUUACUCUUUCCUGUAUUCACUUUUAAUUUUCUUCUUUUGCACACCCUACCAAAUUCAUCCACCAAUCUCUGCAACUUCUCUUCAGAAUCUCCCAAGAGCACAGUGUCAUCAGCAAAGAGCAACUGUGACAACUCCCACUUUAUGGGUGAUUCUUUAUCUUUUAACUCCACGCCUCUUGCCAAGACCUCAUCUAUAAAUAUAUUAAACAACCACGGUGACAUCACACAUCCUUGUCUAAGGCCUACUUUUACUGGGAAAUAAUUUCCCUCUUUCCUACAUACUCUAACUUGAGCCUCACUAUCCUCGUAAAAACUCUUCACUGCUUUCAGUAACCUACCUCCUACACCAUACACCUGCAACAUCUGCCACAUUGCCCCCCUAUCCACCCUGUCAUACGCCUUUUCCAAAUCCAUAAAUGCCACAAAGACCUCUUUAGCCUUAUCUAAAUACUGUUCACUUAUAUGUUUCACUGUAAACACCUGGUCCACACACCCUCUACCUUUCCUAAAGCCUCCUUGUUCAUCUGCUAUCCUAUUCUCCGUCUUACUCUUAAUUCUUUCAAUAAUAACUCUACCAUACACUUUACCAGGUAUACUCAACAGACUUAUCCCCCUAUAAUUUUUGCACUCUCUUUUGUCCCCUUUGCCUUUAUACAAAGGAACUAUGCAUGCUCUCUGCCAAUCCCUAGGUACCUUACCCUCUUCAUACAUUUAUUAAAUAAUUGCACCAACCACUCCAAAACUAUAUCCCCACCUGCUUUUAACAUUUCUAUCUUUAUCCCAUCAAUCCUGGCUGCCUUACCCCCUUUCAUUUUACCUACUGCCUCACGAACUUCCCCCACACUCACAACUGGCUCUUCCUCACUCCUACAAGAUGUUAUUCCUCCUUGCCCUAUACACGAAAUCACAGCCUCCCUAUCUUCAACAACAUUUAACAAUUCCUCAAAAUAUUCCCUCCAUCUUCCCAAUACCUCUAACUCUCCAUUUAAUAACUCUCAUCUCCUAUUUUUAACUGACAAAUCCAUUUGUUCUCUAGGCUUCCUUAACUUGUUAAUCUCAAUCCAAAACUUUUUCUUAUUUUCAACAAAAUUUGUUGAUAACAUCUCACCCACUCUCUCAUUUGCUCUCUUUUUACAUUGCUUCACCACUCUCUUAACCUCUCUCUUUUUCUCCAUAUACUCUUCCCUCCUACUUUGUAAAAACUUCUCAUAUGCUAACUUUUUCUCCCUUACUACACUCUUUACAUCAUCAUUCCACCAAUCGCUCCUCUUCCCUCCCGCACCCACUUUCCUGUAACCACAAACUUCUGCUGAACACUCUAACACUACAUUUUUAAACCUACCCCAUACCUCUUUGACCCCAUUGCCUAUGCUCUCAUUAGCCCAUCUAUCCUCCAAUAGCUGUUUAUAUCUUACCCUAACUGCCCCCUCUUUUAGUUUAUAAACCUUCACCUCUCUCUUCCCUGAUGCUUCUAUUCUCCUUGUAUCCCAUCUACCUUUUACUCUCAGUGUAGCUACAACUAGAAAGUGAUCUGAUAUAUCUGUGGCCCCUCUAUAAACAUGUACAUCCUGAAGUCUACUCAACAGUCUUUUAUCUACCAAUACAUAAUCCAACAAACUACUGUCAUUUCGCCAUGAGGCAUAUCUAUAUACUAUACAAUGGUACCCCAAGUUUCAAACUGCUCCCAACUCGAACAAUUAUGUAAGUGUAUUUGUGUAAGUGCGUUUGUAAGUGUAUUUUUGGGGGUCUGAAACGGACUAAUCUAAUUUACAUUAUUCCUGAUGGGAACAAAUUCAAUCGGUAUUGGCACUCAAACAGCAUUCUGGAAUGAAGUAAAUUUGAAACUCAGGAUACCACUGUAUAUAUAUAGUGGGGUUGGGGGGGGGGGAGUCAGGAGUUGUUGAGCUCCAUCAAAAUUGCGGUUCCUUGCUAGCCCCAGAGAGGCAGUUUGUGGAAAAUUUGCGUGUGAAACCAUAAAAUGCAUAUACACAUUUAAACAAACAUGAAGGAAACAUCAGCGAACACAGAAAGGAAAAAAAUGUGGAUUAUAGUACCAGGUGGAGAGUGCCAUUCCUAGAAUAUAUUGGAAAUAGGCCUAACUAGCGACUUAGUGCCAGGUGUCAACAAAGUGAAAAAUAACCAAACAGAUUUUGAACUGUCGUAUAAAUGAUAUAAGUAAUAUAGCCAGUGAUAAGGAUAUGUAUGUACAGUGAUACAGCGAACUAAAUUCAUAGCUAAGAGUAAUAUAAAUUAAUCCCCAGUAUAGACUAUACAGUAAUGCCAGGCCUCAGAAUAACGGCUGUUAUUGGAGGGUGCCAUGCAGGAAAUGUGUUUAGCAGUGAGCGUAGAUCAGUGAGGGAAAAUAAGAAAUAUCAGGGAUUAGCAUAAAUUCAAAGAGCAGAAAAGCUAAGAAACAAAAAAGGACUAUUAUUAAAACCACAGGGAAAUAUAAAAUAUAAUUAUUAGUAAACGUUUAGAAGGAGUGCAGGUUGUGAACUAGGCCUAUGGUGUUUCCACACAGUUAUUGUGUUGUACAGUAAUGGAAGGAUUUCUCAUCUCGUCAUUCGUAAUAUAGUGAGUGACGAGGUACUGAUGUUCAGUGAUAUAGUGAUCUUAAAUUGUGGAUUACAACAAUCUUGUCAAAUACCCAAUACAUAGUGCAUAAUAUAUGGAAUAUAUACAUGGGACGUACACCACCAGCAAAUACUUAUUGCCAGAGGUCGGCAGACAAAUGUAAAUAUACAAUCAGAUGAAUAUGGAAUACAGUGGACCCUCAACCAACGAUGGCAUCGUAUAACAUUAAAUCCGACUAGCGAUACAUUUUAAAGCAAAAAUUUUGCCUCGACUAGCACUAAAAAACUCGACCAAUGCGAUUCGUUCCGUUCGAGACGCGUCCACUUGUGGCCUGAGCGCGCCUCACUUGUCCCGUUGGUGCCAGUGUUUACAAGCCAGCCAGCCACCGCGGUCCCAUCCAAACAUACAAUCGGAACAUUUCAUAUUAUCACAGCGUUUUUAGUGAUUUCACCUGCAAAAUAAGUCACCAUGGGCCCCAAGAAAGCUUCUAUUGCCAACCCUACAGCAAAAAGGGUGAGAAUUACUCUGGAUAUGAAGAAAGAGAUCAUUGCUAAGUAUGAAAGUGAAGUGCGUGUCUCCGACCUCGCCAGGUUGUAUAAUAAACCCCAAUCAACCAUCGCUACUAUUGUGGCCAAGAAAACGGCAAUCAAGGAAGCUGUUCUCACCAAAGGUGCAACUAUGUUUUCAAAACUGAGAUCGCAAGUGUUAGAAGAUGUUGAGAGACUGUUAUUGGUGUGGAUAAAUGAGAAACAGAUAGCAGGAGAUAGCAAUCAUAUGUGAAAAGGCUAGGAAGUUGCAUGACGAUUUAAUUAUAAAAAUGCCUGCAACUAGUGGUGGUGUGAGUGAAUUUAAGGCCAGCAAAGGUUGGUUUGAGAGAUUUAAGAAUCGUAGUGGCAUACAUAGUGUGAUAAGGCAUGGUGAGGCUGCCAGUUCGGACCAAAAAUCUGCUGAAAAAUAUGUGCAGGAAUUCAAGGAGUACAUAGAGGCUGAAGGAUUGAAACCUGAACAAGUGUUUAAUUGUGACGAAACAGGCCUGUUUUGGAAGAAAAUGCCAAGCUGGACCUACAUUACUCAGGAGGAAAAGGCACUCCCAGGACAUAAGCCUAUGAAAGACAGGCUUACUCUGUUGAUGUGUGCCAAUGCUAGUGGUGAUUGCAAAGUGAAGCCUUUAUUGGUGUAUCACUCUGAAACUCCCAGAGUGUUCAGGAAAAACAAUGUCUUCAAGGCUAAUUUGUGUGUGCUGUGGAGGGCAAACAGUAAGGCAUAGGUCACUAGGGACUUUUUCUAUGACUCGUUACACCAUGCAUUUGCCCCCACUGUGAAAAGUUACCUAACUGAAAAGAAAUUGGACCUUAAGUGCCUCCUGGUAUUAGACAAUGCUCCUGGUCAUCCUUCAGACGUGGCAGAGCGACUUUCUGCAGACAUGAGCUUCAUUAAGGUCAAGUUUUUGCCUCCUAAUACCACUCCUCUCCUGCAGCCCAUGGACCAGCAGGUCAUUGCAAACUUCAAAAAACUCUACACAAAAGCUAUGUUGGAAAGGUGCUUUGUAGUGACCUCGGAAACUCAAUUGACUCUAAGAGAGUUUUGGAGAUAUCACUUUAGCAUCCUCAAUUGUAUAAACCUUAUAGGUAAGGCUUGGGAGGAACUGUGGCCAGAAUGUGUAGACAAUAGGGAUUUUGAAAGAUUUGAGGCUAACCCUGAGAAGCAUAUGCCAGUUGAGGAAUCCAUUGUGGCAUUGGGGAAGUCCUUGGGGUUGGAGGUUAGUGGGGAGGAUGUGGAAGAGUUGGUGGAGGAGAACAAUGAACAACUAACCACUGAUGAGCUGCUAGAUCAUCUUGAACAGCAAGAGGCCAGACCUGAGGAAACUGCUCCGUAGGAGGGGAGAGAGAAAUUGAGGAAGUUGCCUACUUCAAAGAUUAAGGAAAUGUGUGCAAUGUGGCAUAAAGUGCAAACCUUUUUUGAUGAAAAUCACCCUCACACAGCAAUUGCAAGCCGUGCUGGUGACUAUUACACUGACAAUGUUGUGAAACACUAGGAAUGUCAUAAAGGAACGGGAGGUACAAGCCUCUAUGUACAGAUAUGUUGUGCGACAGAGGUCCAGUGACUCUCAAGCUGGUCCUAGUGGCAUUAAAAGAAGAAGGGAAGUAACCCCAGAAAAGGACUUGCUACCUCAAGUCCUAAUGGAAGUGGAUUCCCCUUCUAAACACUAACACCAUCCACACACACCCCUCCUUCCAUCCCAUCAAUCAUCACCAGAUCUUCAGUAAAGGUAAGUGUCAUGUAAUUGUACAUAUCUUCUUCAGUUUGUGUGUAUUAAAAUUAAUAUUUCAUGUGGUAAAAAUUUUUUUAUUCAUACUUUGGGGUGUCAGGAACGGAUUAAUUUGAUUUCCAUUAUUUCUUAUGGGGAAAAUUAACUUGACUAACGAUAAUUUCGACUAACAAUGAGCUCUCAGGAACGGAUUAAUAUCGUUGGUCGAGGGUCCACUGUAUUGUAUAAGUUAUAUAACAAAGGAAAAGGAUAUUAAUGGACAGUGAUAUAGUGAACUGAAAUUGUGGAUAAGAGUAAUUUUAAUUAAUCCCGAGUGACAGUGUACAAUCUAUGGUGUAAUUAUAUGGGAACUUUCUGCACAAGUGCCAUGCACAGCACUAUCCUCUUUCCAGGGCCAGCCCUCCACCCACCACCCCACCUCCCAGUCCACCUCACCUCCCAGUCCACCUCCUCGCACUCCUACCAUCUUUCCACUGCCUCCCACUUCCCAUUUAUUUAUUUAUUUAUUUAAUAAUUUGAACAUACAUACAGAGGUACAAAAAAUACAGGUAAGAGCAGCAUGCCAAAGCCACUUGUAUGCAUAGCAUUAUGGGCAGGCUUAAAAUUAACUUAAGAUUAACUAAGCAAUGAUGUAAUCAAUGAUAAAACAUUAUUGUAAACAGAUAACAAUAAAGCACAAAUGAGUAUUACAAAGGCAGGUCAUAUGGUUGCAUGCAUUGCUGUACAUUCAGUAGAAUGGAGUAUUCUGUUAGGUAGUGUAUUUAAAAAAUAACAAAGUUAGAUUGGGUCUUAGGUUUAAUAUUUAUGUGAUAUAAUUGUGAGAAACAUUUAAGAUAUAUAAUUUAUAAGAUUCAGUUAUUCAGUAUUUAUUUGGUUUUGGGUGAGUAAGUGAUCUUUGAGAAGAGACUUGAAUUUAUAAACAUGUAGUGUUUCUUUUAUAUUUUCAGGUAAUGAAUUCCAGAUUUUAGGGCCUUUUAUUUGCAUUGAGUUUUUGCAUAGCGUGAGAUGGACACGAGGAACAUCAAAGAGUGAUCUGUGCCUUGUGUUAUGGUCAUGUGUUCUGUUGAGGUUGGCAAGGAGAUGUUUGAGGGGAGGGUUAAUAUCAGAGUUAAGUGUUCUAUGUAUAUAAUAGGUGCAGUAAUAAGUAUGGAUGUUUUGUAUGGUGAGUAGGUUUAGUGUUUUGAAUAUUGGUGGAGUGUGCUGCCUGUAUUGGGAAUUUGUUAUCAUUCUGACUGCAGCCUUUUGUUGGGUAAUUAGUGGUCUGAGAUGGUUAAUUGUUGUUGAGCCCCAUGCCACACCCCAUCUCCCAGUCCACCUCCUCACACCCCCACCCUCUUUCCAUGACCCCCACCACACAGCCCCCCCUCUCGAACUCCUUCCUGCCUUCAUUCCACGGAUCCUCACCUCCCAGUCCACCCAUAGCAACCCACCACCCACCACAUCCACGUGCCCAGGAAGUGAAAAUGGAUAGAAAUACAGUCUAUUGUAUAUGUGAAAAAAAUUUUGGGAGAAAUAUUAGAGGCAUUGCUUGUGAAAUAUUAUGUGGAGAAACAUCCCAUAUAUCAUGUACAAAGCUUCAUGCAACCAUGAGAAAUGACCAAAAACAAGAAAGUUGUUUCUGUAUUUGCCUCAGUGAGGUGGAAAGCUGGGCGGGCAUAAGAGAGGUAUUGAAAAGUAAAAACCUAGAAAGUGUAAGAAAGUUCCUAAGGAGCUUGCCAGAUAUAUACAAAGAAUGGAAAUCAGGGGAUAAGGAACCAGAAAAGGAGGAAAGCACAGAUAAAGAUGAAAGCCAAGUAGUGGAAUUAAAAGUGGAAAACGUCAUAUAGAACAAGUCAGAAAAGAACGGAACAUGGGUACAUAACAUAGUGGAAAGGGAAAGGGAGGAAGAGAAAGCUAGAGCAGGAACAAACAAACAUGAAAAAAGGGAAGAAAUGCACCUAGGUGAAAGAGAACUAAGAGAACUCAGAUCAGGUGGCAGAACUUGGGAAAGACACAAAACAGUAAAUAUAGGUAGUCAAAACAUUUGCAGAUACUAUGCAAAAGGUAUGUGCCUAUAUGGCAGAGAUUGCUGGAAUAAACACACCAGAAAAUGUGCCAACAUGUUGAGGAAGGAAAAGCGUCAUUUCAACAAAGAGUGCAGCAUGUACUUCCAUCCAGUAAUGUGUAAAGCUUCAGCACAGUCCAGAGAAUAUUAUGACCUGAGCUGCCCAGACCACCAUAUAAAAGGAAUGCUAUGCUACAGAGUUAGCAGAGAGGACAGAUGGGCAGCAAAAUGGGGAGUACCACACCAGGCAUCAGCCAAUCAGGGCUGAAUAAGCAACCAAAUGCAAAUUCAGUACUGGAGAGCCCAGGGGUUUGUACACCAGUGGCCAUACCAGGUUGUACAUAACCAGUGGUACUAACGAAGCACAAAGCAAGACAAAACAUCCCAAAUGGUAAUUCCUGCUUCAUAUUUGCAAAUAUUCAGGGUUUGAAAUUAAAAACGACAAAGCUAGUUAUGUCAGCGGGCUCCUAUCAGAAGUGAAUGCCAUGUUUCGAACAUUUACAGAAACACAUACAAGGGAUGUUUUGGACGGAGAGAUAAAGAUAGAAAACUAUAACAUGUAUAGAUGUGAUAGGAUUAACAGGUCACAGGGAAGAGUAGGAAUCUAUGUAAAGCAUGCUUUCUGUUGCACAGAAGUGCUGAACUCUGUGAAUGAUAUACUAGUAAUAGAAAUCCUCGGCAUUAAAGUUGAAAAUAUGAAUUUGAUAAUUAUCCUAGUAUAUAAACCACCAUCAUCAACUGCUGAGGAAUUCACAGAGCAGCUAAGGAAGAUAGAUAGUUAUGUGGAUAAGGUAGAAAAUCCCACACCAAAUAUUUUACUCCUUGGAGAUUUUAAUCUCCCUCAUGUAAAAUGGAAGAUGGUGUAACACAACAUUAUACCAGAAAUAUCUCCAGGAAGCACCCUGGCUCAACAGGCACAUACCAGAGAUCUAAUGAGGCUUUGUGAAAUGUACUCAUUAAACCAACAGAUAACUGAUCCCACUAUAAAUUAAAAUAUCCUGGAUUUGAUAUUCACAAACAAGGAACUAAUCAGAGACAUAACAGUUACAAAGACAGUAUACAGUGGACCCUCGACUAACGAUGUUAAUUGGUACCCGAGUACGAAUAUCGUUAGUCGAGUUUUUUUAGCGUUAGUCGAGGCAACAUGUUAGCGUUAACAUGUAUCGUUAGUCGGAUUUAACGUUAGACGAUGCCAUCAUUGGUCGAGGGUCCACUGUACUCUGAUCACAACAUCAUAGAAGUUCAAACGAGUAUUAACUUAGGGUUAGGGAACUGCGUCACUAAUGUUAGAGAUGGGAUGCUCAGUAAGUUUAAUUUUAACAACCAUAGAAUUGACUGGGAAAAAUAAACCAAGAGCUAUCAGACAUAUCCUGGGAAGCAGACAUGAGCACCCUAAAUCCCCACCAGUGCCUAGAGAAGAUGAAUAGAGAAGCAUACAAGGUAUGCAUGAAGCACGUACCAUUGAGGAAACCCGGAAGAAGAUCAGAUAUAGAGAGAGAGCAUAGGAGUUGGUACAGAAGAAAAUGGGUUACUGAAUUGCUGAAAAACACAAAUAUGCUUCAGCAGAGGAAAGACAGACUUAGACAAGAGAUCACUGAACUAGAGCAAAAACUCGGGAUGUCAUACCUAACAGGAGAAGUACAGUGGACCCCCGCUUAACGAUCACCUCCAAAUGCGACCAAUUAUGUAAGUGUAUUUAUGUAAGUGCGUUUGUACGUGUAUGUUUGGAGGUCUGAAAUGGACUAAUCUACUUCACAAUAUUCCUUAUGGGAAAAAAUUCGGUCAGUACUGGCACCUGAACAUACUACUGGAAUGAAAAAGUUCGUUAACCGGGGGUCCACUGUACAAAGGAAACAAAGGGUCAUACAGGAGAUUGCAAGAAACCCAAAGUAUUUCUAUUCCUAUGCAAAAUCCAAGCUAAGAACGAACUAUAGAAUUGGACCACUACUGAGAGGAGACUCGUAUACUGAAGACGAACAGGAAAUGAGGGAAAUCCUUAAAGAACAGUAUGAGUCAGUGUUCAGCAACCCACUAAAUGAUAGCAAGGUAGAAAAUGCAGAAAUAUUUUUCACUCCAGAAGAAGGCCACGCAGACCAACUAUGUAACUGACAUUAGUACAAAUACAGUGGUUCCUCGUUUAUCAUCGUUAAUCCAUUCCUGGAAGUGCCACGAUUAUUGAAAUAGACGAUUUUCGAAUAAAUUUUCCCCAUAAGAAAUAAUGUAAAUACAAUUAAUCCGUUCCUGACACCCAGAAGUAUUAAAACAAAAAAUUUUUUUACAUGAAAUAUAGAUGUAGUACAUAAACAAUACAAUGGGACAUGAUGAAUGAAACAUUAACAGCAUAACACUUACCUUUAUUGGCGAUUCUUCUUAGUGUAUGGAAGACUGGAGGAGGAGAGAGAUUGGAUUAGUUGUUACUAUUUGGAAGGGGAAUCCCCUUCCAUCAACACCUCAGGUACCAAGUCCUUUUCUGGGGUUACAUACUUCUCUUCUCUGUUUUUGACAUACUAGAACGCCUAAAUUCUAGCGCCCUCAAAUCUAGUGAGAGAAAGCUGGUAGGCCUACAUAUGAAAGAAUGGGUCUAUGUGGUCAGUGUGCGUGGUAUAAAAAAAUCCUGCAGCACACAGUGCGUAAUGAGAAAAAAAAAACUUUGAUCGUGUUUUUGGAUUAAAACAGCGACUUUGCACUGUAUUUUCGUAUGGUAUUUAUUGUUGUAUUUUAGUUUUCCUGGUCUCAUUUUAUAGAAUGGAAGACAUAUUACAGAAAUUGAGAUGAUUUUGACUGGUUUUACAAAGAAAAGUACCUUGAAAUUGAGCUCAAAGUAGCAGAAAUGUUCGAUUUUUACCAAAGUUCAAAAGUAAAUAAAUCAUGCUAUGCUUUCAAUACACAUCAGCUGGUGAGUCUAAUAUUCUUUCACAAGUGCACUGAUAUUAUUUAUACCAUUUCUACACCAAUGCAGUAGUCUGCAUAACAGUAAAUCUUCUAUUUUUUUGUGAAAAUAAAAAUUCAAAGUGGAAAGCAAAUGAAUGUAAGAGGGGCAUGGGGACGUGACUAAUGAACAGAGGAAAUGUUAUUUUAGUGCCAGGAAUGUCUUUCUUGUUUAUUCUGAACCCUAUUCGGAAAUUGGCAUCUUUUGAAAUUUGUGUGAAAUUGGCAAAAUUGCUAAAUUCUGACCACUGUAUUGGAUAGUUGAAAUCGGUAAAUGGGUUGUUUCUUGUACUCAUUCGAUAGAAAAAAUGGAGUUCUAGUGAAAUACAGUGGAACCUCAAAAAUUGAACUGCUCCCAACACGACCAAUUAUGUAAGUGUAUUUUUGUAAGUGCUUUUAUAAGUGUAUUUUUGAGGGUCUGAAAUGGACUAAUCUAAUUUACAUUAUUCCUGAUGGGAAUAAAUUCAUUCGGUAAAGGCACUCGAACAGCCUUCUGGACCGAAGAAAGUUCGAUGUUUGAGGUUCCACUGUAGUUAUGAUUUUUGUCGACAAGUACACUGGAAUUGGCGGAAAAAUAGGGCUCAAAGUGGGCAAAAUCACCGAUGCAUAAACAUCGUUGAGACCGCUAACUUCGCAAGAGCAUAAUUCCGUAAGUUUUCCAUCAAAUUUCAUACUUUUGGUGUCAUUAUGAUCAGGAAAUGAUUCUCUAUCUUUUCAUAAGAGAAAAUAAUUUUCUUUUUUUUUUUUAAAUUUGGUCGACCCUGAGAACAAGUCUCUGAGAGGGCCUGUCGACCCUGAAAGGGUUAAUGCCACUAGGACCAGCUUGAGAGUCACUGGAGUCCUGUCUCGCAUAAAAAAAGUGUCCAGAGAGCUCUGUUUCAGGUGUCUCUUUAAAACUUCCUUAAAAUGGGUCAAGACUCUGUCACUGUGCAAGUUGCCGAUAUGGCUUGCAACAUCCUUCUCAGGGUGAUGUUUCUCCAUAAAUCUUUCCAUCCUACCCCACAUUUCAAAAAUCUCCUUAGUUUCUGAAGAAGGCACCUUCUUCCAUCACUCUUCCUCCUCUGCAGCAAGAUUCUGAGCUGCAAUCUGUUGCUGUUCCUGCUGAAGCUCUUGCAGCUCCUCAGUGGUUAGCUCUUCGUUGUGGUUCUCCAUCAACUCUUCCACAUCCUCCAAACUCACAUCCAACCCCAUGGAACUCCCCAAUGCCACAAUAGAGUUCACAACAGACAUAGGCUCAUCAGGGUUCAGCCACAAACCCUUCAAAAUCCCUCUUGUGGACACAAUCUGGCCACAAUUUUCUCCAAGCAGAGUUCAAAGUUCUGGUAGUCACUCCCUCCCAAGCCUUACCUAUAAGGCUUAUGCAAUGGAGAAUACUGAAGUGUUCUUUCCAAAAAUCUCUUAGGGUCAAGUGAGUGUCUGAGGUCACAUUAAAGCACCUUUGAAACAUUGCUUUGGUGUAGAGUUUUUUAAAGUUUGAAAUGACCUGCUGGUCCAUGGGCUGGAGGAGAGGAGUGGUAUUCAGGGGCAAGAACUUUACUGUGAUGAACCCAAACUCCUGCAGAAUUAGGUCAUCCAAGUUUGGAGGAUGAGCAGGUGCAUUGUCCAUUACUAGGAGGCACUUGAGAUCCAAUUUCUUUUCCAGGAGGUAAUUCUUCACACUAAGGCCAAACGCUUCAUUAAACCACUCGACGAAAAUUUCCCUCGUGACCCAUGCCUUAUUAUUAGAUCUCCAAAACACACACAAUUUACUAUUCAUAACAUUGUUUUUCCUGAACACACUGGUAUUUUCAGAAUGGUACACUAGUAACGACUUCACUUUGAAAUUCCCACUAGCAUUAGCACAGAACGUGAGCGUCAGCCUGUCUUUCAUAGGCUUGUGUCCUGGCAGUCCCUUUUCCUCCUGAGUAAUGUAGGUCCUCUUUGGCAUUUUCUUCCAAAAGAGGCCUGUUUCGUCACAAUUGAACACUUGUUCAGGUUUCAGUCCUUCAGCCUCUGUACUCCUUGAAUUCACUUAUGAAUUUUGUCCAAACUAGCAGCCUCACCAUGCCUUAUCACACUGUGUAUGCCACUACGGUUCUUAAAAAUCUCAAACCAACCUUUGCUGACCUUAAAUUCACAAAUAUUAGUACUCGUUGCAGGCAAUUUCUUUACCAGAUCAUCAUGCAACUGCCUAGCCUUUUCACAAAUAAUCGACGUCAUAAGACUAUCUCCUGCUAAUUAUUUCUCGUUUAUCCACACCAAUACAUGUCCGCCAUCACAAAUCCGGCAAUCAGUUAUUUGGUUCCUUCAGUUAUUCAGCACUAAUUUUGGCUAGCAUAAUUCCAAAUUUCCAUGGUCGCCACACCAACCUGCUGGUACUGUUUGGUGGCGCUACUUGCUGCAUAAGUCAUUCCAAUUUCUUUUUCUUCAUUUAUUGUUUUAACCUGCUUACUUUUAGCCCUAGCCAUGGUUCCAAUGAAUAAAAGAAAUGCUUCUCAUUAUGUAAAGCACCUACACAAUACAUUAUCCAUUAAAGAUAAGGUGGCUUUGAAGCCACUGUCGGUUGCCAUGAGAUAAGUCUCAUGAAGCAGGAGAAUAUGCUUUAUUAUUACGCUAAUAUCAACACUACAGCUUAUUUGCCUAUCACAAUUGAUCUAAUAUGACAUAAGAAACAAUAUAAAUGACAUAAAACAUGUUAAAUAUUCCAGAAUGAAUAAUAUUUGGCAUAACACCGAGCAGUUCGACAGAGUUAUGAAGAGGAUAUGGUAAACAAAUACCAUUCUCCUGUCCCUGUCUUGGUGGCUUAUAUUAGAGAAAACGGAGUAUAGCACAGGGCUAUGAUAUACACUCAUACUCCACCAUAAACAUGAAACAAAAAAGUUAUUUUCUCUCUAUAGAUUAUCACACAUAGCAGCAUAUGUGUAGAGAACCUAGGAUAACCCGAAAAAAGUCAAUGUGGCUUAUUUUUAGUACCUGGCUUGGAUUAGCCAUAUAUGAUUUUUGAUAAAUAUUCGAUUCCCAGCCAGGGUAGAAACAUUAGGCGUGUUUCUUUACACCUGUUGUCUAUGUUUACCCAUCAGUAAAUGGGUACCUGGGUGUUAGUCGACUAGUGUGGGUGUUAUCCUGGGACACUGACCUAAUUUUCUUGAAAUACUCAGCAUAACAAGUGCCUUUCUAUACAGUAGUAUGUCACUCGUAUUGUAGUGACCCUCGUAUUGUAGAUAGUCUUAAUGACCCUCGUGUAGUAGAUAGUCUUUUUAGUAUGAUAAUAAGAUGUUAUCUUCAUUAUACCUGGAGUUUACCUGGAGAGAGUUCUGGGGGUCAACGCCCCCACGGCCCGGUCUGUGACCAGGCCUCCUGGUGGAUCAGAGCCUGAUCAACCAGGCUGUUACUGCUGGCUGCACGGAAACCAACGUACGAGCCACAGCCCGGCUGGUCAGGAACCGACUUUAGGUGCUUGUCCAGUGCCAGCUUGAAGACUGCCAGGGGUCUGUUGGUAAUCCCCCUUAUGUAUGCUGGGAGGCAGUUGAACAGUCUCGGGCCCCUGACACUUAUUGUAUGGUCUCUUAACGUGCUAGUGACACCCCUGCUUUUCAUUGGGGGGAUGUUGCAUCGUCUGCCAAGUCUUUUGCUUUCGUAGUGAGUGAUUUUCGUUUGCAAGUUCGGUACUAGUCCCUCUAGGAUUUUCCAGGUGUAUAUAAUCAUGUAUCUCUCCUGCCUGCGUUCCAGGGAAUACAGGUUUAGGAACCUCAAGCGCUCCCAGUAAUUGAGGUGUUUCAUCUCCGUUAUGCAUGCCGUGAAGGUUCUCUGUACAUUUUCUAGGUCAGCAAUUUCACCUGCCUUGAAAGGUGCUGUUAGUGUGCAGCAAUAUUCCAGCCUAGAUAGAACAAGUGAUCUGAAGAGUGUCAUCAUGGGCUUGGCCUCCCUAGUUUUGAAGGUUCUCAUUAUCCAUCCUGUCAUUUUUCUAGCAGAUGCGAUUGAUACAAUGUUAUGGUCCUUGAAGGCGAGAUCCUCCGACAUGAUCACUCCCAGGUCUUUGACCUUAUUAUAUUAUAAUAAUAAGGUAACAGGACCCCAAUGGAAAUAAGUCACUCUGUCUGACUUUUUUGGGUUAUCCUAGGUUCUCUACACAUAUGCUGCUAUGUAUGAUAAUUCUACGUAACUGUAUUUGUGUGUACCUGAAUAAACUUACUUACUUACUGAUGUCAGCUAGGCCUGUAUACCUUGUACAUGUACGUGUAGUAAAUAAAGAUAUUAUUAUUAUUAUUAUUAUUAUUAUUAUAUUAUUAUUAUUAUUUUCUCAUUUGUUUGUUUUGUUAUCUUAUUCAAACUUGGGCAAUGUAUGAUGGAUAGAUACUUCUUCACGUACACCAAAAAUGAAAGAAAUCAGACCAUAAAUAGCGGAGUUCACUUCUCAGCCAUUAGCGGCCGCUUAGCGGUAUAUUUUUGUAUGGUUGUUAUGGUUAUAUUCUCAUUUUUUCGGUCUCAUUUGAUAGAAUGAAAGAUAUAUUACAGAAAUAGAUAUAAUUUUGAUUGCUUUCGUGAUGAAAAGUACCUUGAAAUUGCGCUCACAGUAGUGAAAAUGUUCUAUUCUUUAGCGAAGCUCAAGAAUAAACAAAUGACAUCACCGUCCAAUACCUGUCCACCUGCCAGUCCAAAUUCCAGUACAGAGUCAAGAAUGGAUUGACAUUGUUUAUACAAUUAUUACAAUAAUGCAGUAGUCUGCAUAACAGUAAGUAUUUUUUUUUUUUUUGUGAAUAAAAAUUCCAAAUGGUAAGCAAGAGUAAUAUAAGAGUGGCCUGUAGCUGUGACUAAUGAACAGAGAAAAUGUUAUUUUAGUGCCAGUAAUGUCUGCAUUGUUUAUUCUGGACCCUAUUUUGAAAUUGGCAUCUGUUGAAAUUUGUGUGAAAUCGGCCAAAUUGCCAAUUUCUGACCACUUUAUUGAGUAGUUGAAAUAAGUGAAUGGGCAGUUUCUUGUACUCAGUUGACAGACUAGAAGUAAAUAAGUUUAUUCAGCUAUACACAAAUACAGUUACAUAGAUUAUCAUACAUAGCAGUGUAUGUAUAGAGAACCUAGGAUAACCCAGAAAAGUCAGACAAAGUGACUUAUUUCCAGUACCUGGCUUGGGCUUGCCAUAUAUGAUUUUUGGUAAAUAUUUUUUUUCUCCGUUGUUUGUUGGGCUAUCUCAUUGAAACUUGGGCAGUGUAUGAUGGAAAGAUGCUUCUUAAUGUACAACAAAAAUAAAAAUGACGGACGGUAAAUAAGGGAGUUCACUUCUCAGCCAUUAGCCGCCUCUUUGCAGUAUAUUUUCGUGUGUUUUUUUUUUGGUUGUAUUGUCAUUUUUUGGACUCAUUUGAUAUAAUGGAAGAUAUAUUACAGAAAUAGACAUGAUUUUGAUUGCUUUCAUGACGAAAAGUACCUUGAAAUUGAGCUCAAAGUAGCGGAAAUGUUCGAUUUUUGCCGAUGUUCAGUGAACUGUGUAAGUCAGGUUGGUUAAUUUUAUUAAGUGUAUUCUAACUUAACCACUCUGUAAUUUGGCAAACUCAGUAAUCCGGCACACUAUAGGUCCCAAUGAUGUCGGAUUUGUGAUGGAGGACCUGUAAUAACUUCUCAACAUCUUCAAGUACUGGUGAUCUCAUUUUUGUCAGCAUAUUUACCCCCUUUGCAACAACAGCUUUCUUGAUUUCCUUUUUCUUGGCCAUGAUGGAAGAUAUGGUUGUAUGGGAUUUGUUAUACAUCCUGGCCAGUUUGGCCACACGUAUGCCACUUUCAUAUUGUUCAAUGAUGUUUUUCUUAAAUUCAGUUGUAUUUCUCACCUUCUUUACCAAAGGCUUGGCACUAGGAGCUUUCUUUGGAGCCAUGGUAGCUUAUUUAGUACUUGCAAGCACUAAAAUGAAUGGAAUAUUAUGAAAUAUUUCGUAUGAACAAGUGAGGGGACCGUUGCUCACUGGUAAACAAUGGCACACUGGCUGGGAAGGGAGGCCGAGGCGGCUCAGAGCCGUGAGUAUGCGUCCAGGAUGAACGACGAUUAGCGAGUCAACCGACCAUUUGCAAGCCAAUGUUUGGACGAAAAUAAUGCGACAAUUUCCGAAAAGGACAACUAUCGAGCCUGACAAUUUUCGAGGGACCACUGUAUAUACCUGGAAAGUACUCGAGGGCCUGGUCCCAACUCUGUACACUGCCACUGUACACUGGAGUGAGAGAUAUGGGAGGAAGUGCAAAAUUAACCCAGUGAGGAGCAGGGGUGCAGUGGGGACAAAAAGGGAACACUGUAUCAACAUCCGGGGUCCCAGACUAUUCAACAUCUUACCAGAAGGCAUCAGAAACACAGCUGGAACAAGUGUAGAAGCCUUCAAGAGAAAACUAGACAAGUGUCUUCACCAGGUGUCAGAUCAACCAGGCUGUGAUGGAUAUGUGGGAAGUGGGCCACCAGCAGCAACAGCCUGGUUGACCAGGCAUGCACCAGAUGAGGCUGGCUCAUGGCCAGGCUCAGGGAGUAGACAAACUUUCGAAACUCUUCGAAGGUAUAUAUCAAAAGUAUACGGCACCAACAGUGAAAGGGUAACACCCUCAUAUAACCUUGGUAAAAUUAACUUAACAUUAUUUAGCUUAAUCCUACCAAACCUGUCUUGAGUCACUCUAAAAUUAGUGUUUUUAACCCUCUGACUGUUUGUGCCACAUAAAUACGUCUUACACGCCACUGUUUCUGACGUAUUUAUACGCAUAAAUUCUAACGGUUUCAAAUCAAGCAGGAAAGGCCUGGUAGGCCUACAUGAGAGAGAAUGCGUUUCAGUGGUCGGUCGGUGUGCACCCUGUGAAAAAAAUCUGAGACUCAGCGGUGCAUUGCGGGAAUGCCAUCUUGGUAGUCCAUUUUCACCAUGCCUCGCGGUAAGAAGCUCCUCACUCCUCGGCGGAUUGGAGGUCUUUUGUUCUAACAACGAUGAAAAUGUCAGUGACAGUGAAUUCCAGGGUUUUCAAGUGAGUGUGACCAAAAAAGUGCCCAGGAUAACGUAAUUAGUGAUGAAAAGCCAGAUAACCCACAACCUUCCACCUCUGGUGCUGGGCUGGCUUGUUCACGUUCACAUUCACCUGUACCAGGAUGAAAGAGGAAACUAUUUGGUCGUGUACAAUACCCAGAUGUUAGCAGUGAAUAUGAUAGUGAUAGUGAUUUCAAGGUCAUUGAAAGCAGUUCUAGUUGUGACAUUGAGGGUGAAUAUUCCCCAGUGAAGCGGCAGUAUGUACGACAUAGCAUGCAGUCUGGUAGUGUUUCAUAUGCUGUUCCAAGGGGAAGGAGAAACUCUGGGAGCACAUCCCGUGGCCCUACACCACGACCUGAUAGUGAAGAUGACGAUAUUGUUACAAUGGGUAUGAAUGAUGUGAGUGAGGGAACAGGCAGUGGUGGUGAUAGUGAUGGUGGCACGACCCAUGUGGCACCAGCAGCAGGCCACGCUACUACCCACGCUGCUGACUCUGCACAACAACAACCAGCCUCACCCGACCCCACACUUCCACAACCUACACAACCACAACCUACACAACCACAACCUGCACAACCACAACCUGCACAACCACAACCUGCACAACUACAACCACAUUACAAAUAUCCAGAACCCACCAGCAGACUGCAUCUGGGAUUGGCAGGAAGGUGACGAGUUUGUUCCCAGUCCCCAUGACUUUGAUGAAACACAAAGUGGAAUAAAGCCAUCACGUCCACUUGGGAACAAUGCUAGUGAACUGGAAUGCUUUGAGUUAUUCUUCGAUGAACCCCUGAUGGACAUCAUUGUCAGGGAAACCAACACAUACUAUGAAUACACCAUGGCAAAUACAAUUCUCUCACCAAGAUCACAGCUACACCAGUGGAAGGAGACAACUGUGGCAGAGAUGUACCUGUUUUUUGCCACAAUAAUGCUUAUGCCACAUGUGUAUAAGCACACUGUCACCACAUACUGGGCAACAGAGUGUCUGAUUUCAACUCCACGUUUUAGUGACAUUAUAGGUGUCAAUCAUUUCCUGAUACUGUUACAUAUGUUACACUUUUCAGACAAGACCAGGCCUGACAGAACCGACAGGUUAUAUAAGAUCAGAAAUGUGUUUAUGUACAUGAAACAAAAGUGCUGCAUGUAUUUUAAUCCCCUCAGGAAGCUUGUUAUUGACGAGUCCUUGAUUUUAUUCAAAGGAAGACUCUCAUUCAAGCAAUAUAUACCAAGCAAGAGGAAAUGCUUUGGUAUAAAGUUAUUUGUACUGUGUGAUUGCAGAAGUGGUCUAGUUUUGGAUAUCAUUGUGUACACUGGCAGUAAAACUUUGAGAGAUACCAUGAAGUUAUUGGGUAUCUCUGGUGAUGUGGUUAGAACAAUGAUGGAACCAUAUUUUGGUAAGGGGCAUAUGUUAUUUACUGAUAACUGGUACACAAGCCCCUUAGUGAUUUCUUGCGAGUGAACUUGACAGACGUGUGUGGCACAGUGCGUGGAAAUCGUAAACAUAUGCCAAGGUUCAACGCUGGCACUCGCAGAGGUGAGGUGCAAGCCUUUGCUGCCAAUGACAUCAUGCCAUUUCGGUGGCAUGACAAACGUGAUGUCACAUUGUUGACAUCAGUUCACCCAAACGAAAUGGCACACAGUGGCAGGCACAACAGAGAGACCAAUGAACCCAUUCUAAAGCCUGCAGCUGUCAUAGACUACAGCCUCAAUAUGCGCUUAGUGGACAAAUGUGACAUGCAGAUUGGGUUUGCAGAUUGUGUAGGCAAGAGUUAUAAGUGGUAUAUAAAACUUUUUCCAUCUUGUUGAUACAUGUAUCUCCAUGCUAAAUGCUUAUAACAUACACAAGUUAAAGACCAACAAAACACCAAAAUAUGAUGAAUUUUGUUUGUCAGUAAUCAGACAAAUAAUUGCAAAGUACCAAGGAGCAACACCUGCAAUAGACCAGCGCCCACGAAAUUACCAACACACGCCAUCUCGUUUCAGGCCUGGUGAUCACUACCCUAUACAACUGCCUCCUACUACUGCCAAGAAAAAUGCUCAGAAGAGGUAUUAUGUAUGUACACAUACCACAAAAUGCCCACAAACACACAGAGACACUCGUUUUAUGUGUGAGGAGUGUCAAUUGCCACUCUGCAUAUACCCAUGUUUCAAAGAGUUCCACAAGCUGCAGCAGUUCUAGGAACGUGUUCAGUGACUGUACAUAUGUAUAUAUAUUAUGGAACAAUAGUAAUAAACAUUGUUUUGUAUUGUUUGUGUAAACAAAGUGUAUACACAAACUAAUAGCAAUAAUGUUUGUUCAGUUAUUGUGUUGUAAACAAUGAGUGUAUAUUUGAACAAUGCACCUUACAUUGGUCUCACAGGCCACAUAAGUUACUUGGAAAAGAAAAAUAUUGGAAAAUGCAAGAAAAUUUUGAAUUAGAGUAAAUAAAAGAAUACCGUGUGGGCGGCAGUCGCAGCUGUUGCCAUACGCACCUCACUUUCUGCAAACUUUGGGGCUCUAUAUCUUGGUAAGUACUGAUGGCAAAAAAUUUUUUUAGGCUUAAAACACUCAGAAAAAUAAUCCUAACAUUUUCAUAAGAAAAAAUAAUAAUUUUUUUUUUCGAAUAUUUUGCGACAUAGAAUGACAGUUUCAGAAAGGGGCCUGCGACAGUCAAAGGGUUAAUAGCAAUAUUGUGCUUAAGGCUUAUAAUUACAUUAAUUAGCUGGUAUCUAUAAACAACACCAUUUCCAAUUGUUAAUAAAAUCCUGAUAAAUAAUUUUUUAUUUAAAAGUUAUAAAAAUGGAAAAUAAAAAGUUAUAUAUAGAGAAGAAAUUAAUUCCUCCAAAAUAAAUAACAUGACUGCUUUUACACUAAUAAUACAACUGACUAAUGCUAACAGUAUACAGUGGAACUUAAUUAGCAAUGGGAGCAAAAUUCAUUAGGAAUCGUUUAACAACUCCAGGUCCAAGCCAAUGUGUAUGUCUGAUCCAGCAGAUACACACUGGUCACACUAAAACCCCACUCCCCAUCAUCCUCAAGUUUUAAAGAAGAGUAGAAAUUCGGUAGUAAUUUAACCAGAACUGUGUAUGUUACUACUGUAUACAGUAUAUGGAAGAGUGACUUAAUCCUUAAACUGUUUGUCACAUGGAGCUAUGUUGAUAGGAUCAGUGUCAGUGUAGUAAGUACAUGUAUGUGCAUAACUCAUAGCACCCUCACAUUUGUGUGGAGCAAAUUUUGGCCAACAUAUGAAAGAAUGGGUGUAAUUUGCCAACACAUGAAAGAAUGAGUGUGUGGUGAGUGCAGUAUGCAAAAGAAUCCUAUGCCAUGCCAUGCAUAAUGGGAACUAACCAUUGACCCUGCUUUUUGAUUAAAAUUAGAGGAUUUCAGGCAUUUAGCAUCCUGGUUUUAUGCUUUUUUUAUGUUUCUUGCUACAAAUAGGUAGAUUAGAAAACACGCUAGUGAAAUGGAGACUGAUUGGUUCAAGACCAGAAGUGGCCAGAAAUAGGUGUCAAAUUGGCAAAAAUGGUCAUUUUAUGUCAAAUUUCCUUAGAUAAGGUAGGUUCCCCUUACCCCAAUAUGUUUUAUGGAUUUUUACUAAGUUUAAUUUAAUUCAGUUAAUGGGAUGGCCUAAAAUAUGACCAAACAUUCUUGGUUAUGGUUUAUCAGUAAAGAAAUUGUGUGUGUGACAAUGGAUCCAAAGAUGAUAGGUAAUAAUUAGGAGAGGCCUGAGGACAUGAUUAAUGGACAGAGGUAAGGUUCUUUUAUUAGCUAAGAUGCCUACAGUAUUUGUUUUGGAUUCUACAAAUAGAAAUUUGUUCAGAAUAGUAUGCAAUUGGAUAAAUUACCGACUACUGGGUGCUUAAUAAGAGUUCCGAGUAUUGAAGGGGCAGUGUCUAGCAGUCACUGGGUAUGACAGAACAAUUAGUGAAACAGUUGUGAAGUGGGUCAGUUUAACCCUUUGACUGUUUACGCUGUAUAAAUACGUCUUACGCACCACUGUUUCUGAUGUAUAUAUAUACUCAAUAAUUCUAGUGGCUUCAAAUCAAGCGGGAGAAAGCUGCUAGGCCCACAUGUGAGAGAAUGGGUCUGUGUGGUCAGUGUGCACCACAUAAAAAAAAUCCUGCAGCACACAGUGCGUAAUAAAAAAAAAAUACUUUUUUUGGAUUAAAACGCCGACUUUGAGGUGUAUUUUCGUAUAGUAUUUAUCGUUGUAUUCGCAUUUUCAUGGUCUUAGGUGAUAAAAUGGAAAACAUAUUACAGAAAUAGAGAUGAUUUUCAUUACUUUGACGAUGAAAACGACCUUGAAACUGAGCUCAAAGUAGCGGAAAUGUUCGAUUUUUACCAAUGUUCAAGAGUAAACAAAUCACACUACAUGUCCAAUACACGUCAACAGGGGAGUCUAAUAUUCUUUCACUAGUGCACUGAUAUUAUUUAUACCAUUUUUACAAUAAUGCAGUAGUCUGCAUAACAGUAAAUUUUGUAUUUUUUUGUAUAAAUCAAAAAUCAAAAUAGAAAGCAAUAAUAAUAUAAGAGGGGCCUAGAGAUGUGACUAAUGAACAGAGGAUAUGUUAUUUUAGUGCCAAGAAUGUCUACCUUGUUUAUUCUGGACCCUAUUUUGAAAUUGGCAUCUUUAUUAAUUUGUAUGAAAUUGGCCAAAUUGCCAAUUUCUGACCACUAUAUUGGGUAGUUCAAAUUGGUAAAUGGGCGGUUUCUUAUACUCAGCUGAUAUAUAAAAUGGAGUUGUAAAGAAAUAGCUAUGAGUUUGGUCAACUGGAACAACGGAAUUGGCUGAAAACAGGGCUCAAAGUCGGCGAAAUCGCCGAUACGCAUAUGUCGCCGAGACCGCUAACUUCGCAGGAGCGUAAUUCCGUGAGUUUUCGACCAAAUUUCGAACUUUUGGUGUCAUUACCAUCGGAAAAAGAUUCUCUAUCAUUUCAUAAGAAAAAAUAAUUUUUUUUUUUUUUUCAAAAAUUUAUCGACAUAGAAUGAAAGUUUCAGAAAGGGGCCUGUGACAGUCAAAGGGUUAAGCACUGAAAUUGGCCUAAAAUAGGCUUCAAAGUGGGUAAAAUCUUAAUUGCAUUAAGUCCUUCCUGAUCUCCAAAUUAGUGUGUAACUCCUAUUACAUCCAAUUUUCCAUUUUUUAUGUCAUCUUUAGAAUUAUUUCAGUGCUAUUUUAGAAGAUAAGUUUUCUAAAUGAUGACACAGAAUGAACUUUCAGUUUGGGAAUGGCCUGCAAUAUAAGGUUAAAACAUUUAUUAUAAUAGGAGGCAGCAACCACUGACACCAUUCAUACAUACCCAAACUGCUUAAUCUAAAAGAAAAAAAAAAACAUAUGUGAGAGUUGUAUUAUUUCCUUGAUUCAACUACUAUACAUACCAACAAGCAUAACAGUCAACAUUAUAUAUUACGUUUGUAAUAGGCUGAAUUUUGCCGUUGUUGUGACAAUAAAUUUACACUUUUAUUUUCUAUUU